UGUGUUAGUCUUUGUAAAAUGUGAAGUAUUAAAUUUAUUUAUUUUCAUGUGAACAAAUUAACCUAAAUAGGUGAAAUGUAUUUAAAUGCAGGGGUUGGAGAUUGAAGGGGAGUUGCCUGAGAAAAAGACUUGUUAUGAAGGAGUAUUUUAUAAUUACUUUAGCAUAGGAAUGGAUGCUCAGGUGGCUUACGGCUUUCAUCAUUUACAUAAUGAGAAACCUUACCUGGCUCAAGGACCAAUUUCUAAUAAGCUGAUCUAUUCUGGUUAUAGUUGCGGUCAAGGUUGGUUCUUUACACCUUGUACAAGUGAUCCACGAUUAAGGGGACUAACAAAUAUUUUAAGGCUGCAUGUCAAAAAGGUCAAUUGCUCAGAAUGGGAGAAAAUUACUGUUCCGUCAAGGUACGUUUGUGAGUUUGUUUUAUUUGCAAUAUAAUUUUAUCUGGCAAUGUGUUUCUUCUUAUUCUUCUUAGAUAAGUACCAUCUCUGUCGCUAAGUAUUAUCAUCAUUUA